AUGUACGCCUCUCUUCUCGCGGCACUCAGUGUGCCGGUGUUAGCACUUGCUCAAACAGUGGUCACCGUUCCCGAACGUGUUUGUACCGUCGAGCCAUGUGCAAACGGCGGUGACUCGGCUCCAGCCAUCAUUGAAGCCUUCGAGAGAUGCGGUCACAAUGAGAGCCCUUCUCGAGGCAAGGUCGUCUUCCGCAACGAGACCUACAACAUCCACAGUGUCAUGAACAUUACUGGCCUGAAGAAUGUCGACGUUGAUCUGAAUGGUCUUUUGCUCUGGGACACUAACAUCCCUUACUGGCUCAACCACUCGCUUCCUGUGGGUUACCAAAACCAGUCGAGUGCUUGGUUGUUUGGUGGAGAGAACAUCAAUUGGGAUGGUCAUGGAUACGCCACUCUUAAUGGAUCGGGACAAGCUUGGUAUACCUUCGUCAAUGGAACCAACAACUACCCAGGUAGACCCCACCAGAUUACAAUCACCGGAACUAAAGACAGCAACUUCUUGGGUACCCGUUUCUUGGACUCGCAGAUGUGGACCUUGACUGUUAUCCAUAGCGAGAAUGUCCUUCUUGAAGACAUCUAUGUGAACAGCACCGGUAAUGAACCCGUCGGCUUUGACUUCUCUUCUCUCAACACUGACGGUGCCGACACUGUGUAUGCGGACAAUAUUACCUUCCGUCGCUGGAGCGUGACCAACGGAGAUGACUCGAUCGCCAUGAAGGCCAACAGUACCAACAUUCUGAUCGAAGACUGUGACUUCUAUAUGGGUCUGGGCGUUGCUAUUGGCAGUAUCAGUCAGUACGAUGACACUUUCGAGUACAUUGAAAACGUCACUGCUCGUAACAUCCGCUCUUACAACAUGAGAUACGGCGCAUACGUAAAGACAUGGACUGGCAACUCGACUGGAUACCCUCCCAAUGGCGGAGGUGGUGGCAUUGGCUAUGCAGCCAACAUCACCUUCUCCGACUUCGUCUUGGAGAACAACACCGGCAUUUAUGCUAUCACUCAGUGCACCAGCUACAAUGGCGCAUCGGGUGGCUGUGAUUCGAGCAAAUUUAACCUCCGUGACAUCCGUCUGCAGAACUGGACUGGCACUGCUGUCAGCGAUGUGGUAGGGAGUAUGCAGUGCAGCGGAUCUAGUCCUUGCACGGGUAUGGAGAUCACUGGUAUCGACAUCGUCGACACUGUUAACAGAACUGCUCCCAGCCAGUACCUGUGUGACAACUUGUCUUCUGUUGGAUUCAACUGCACUGGUCCCACCUGGGAGGAGAACAGCAGAUAG